AUGUAUAGUAGCGGUAAUAGUGUUCCGUUCGAUAAAUUUGCUGAGCACCAAGAUAAAUCUACAUUGGGUAAAUUACGUCAGAGAUACUGGAAAGCAAAACAAAUCGUUAUUAAAAAACUUGGUCGUGAAGAAGAUGAAUGUAUUAUUGCAUCCGAUUCUGAUGUUGACGCAAAACUAGAACUAUUAUUCACUGUUAAACGUUCAUGCCGUGAUUUGUUACGUAUUAUGGAACGGUAUCAAUUCAAUGUCACUCAGUUAUCUCAUGAAGAGACAGAUUGUGCACGGUUUCUCAAAGAUUAUGCACAAAUGGAUAAAACACGUGCUGGAAAAAUGAUGUCAAGUGUAUCGAAAGUUCUGGCCUAUACGGCACAACAACGUUUAGCAUUAAGACAGCCACUUUUACGUUUAACAAAUGAAAUUGAAACAUUUGAAAAUCGUGCCGUUACAGAUACAUGUACAACAGUGAAUAAAAUGGAAAGGGCAAGAACAAAUUAUCGAGGCAAUUUAUUAUGGUUAAAAGAUGCUUCACAACAAUUGGAUCCUGAUAAACAAUUGGGCAAGUGUAAUAAAUUCUUUUUUUAUCAUGUGUCAUCAUUCUUUUCCUGUUUUUUAGAAAAAUUUCGUCGUGUUCAAUCACAAGUAAAACAAACAAAGCAUCAUUAUGAUAAAUUGAAGGGUGAUGUGAUACAAAAAAUUGAUUUACUAACUGCUUCACGGUGUAACAUGUAUUCACAUGUACUAGCCCCGUAUCAAAGAACAUUGCUGGUAUUUUGGGAAAAAACUUCCAAGACAAUGUCAGCAAUUGCUGAAUCAUUUAAAGGUUAUCAAUAUUAUGAAUUUACAGUGAUCAAAGAUUUACAAGAACCCAACAGAUUAUUGUCUGAAAUGAAUUCAAGUAAUACUAUUGAAGAGAAAAAAGUAGAGAAAAAGACGAAAGAGAGUGAUAAAAACAUUCUUCAAGAGUCAUCGUUGAUUGACAUCAUAGCAGAUUCUGAACAACAAGGACAACAAUUAGUUACUUCUCCAACGACACACACUGAGAACGAUGAUGUAUCACCUCUGAUCGAUAUUUUAAAUGAAUCGGAUGCCAAAUUCGAUGAUCAACUAUUAGAAUUAGAAAAGCUAACAACACUUGAACCACCUGCUCCGAAAAUGCCUGAUCAACACAAUCUACCAGGAUCUGAUAGCAACGAUAACAUAAAUGAAUUAAUUCAUAUUGAUAAUGAUAAAUUAUUUAGUGAAUUUUUAUCAAGCACAGAGUUUAACGGUAACAAUGCGACUGGUGGAGCGGGAGCAACAGAUGAUUUUGAUUCUAACUGGAAUGCAGCAUUUGGUAGUGAAUCGACAAUGCAAUAUCCAUCAUCAUCCGCACCUUUUACCACUAAUGCAGCGAGUCUAUUGAAUGAUGAUUCAUCAAAUUUUUUACCAUCGCAUAUAUUGAAUGAUUUAUUAUUAUCAAAUAAACUCGAAAACUCGUUACAACUCGGCGUACACCAACAAUUAUUACUUAACAAGUCAAAUGCGAACAAUAAGGCACCAUCAGAACAACCCGCUAAACCACUGAAACAAACUACAAAACAUGAUAAAUCUAAUUGGUUUAAUUUAUUUGCUGAUUUAGAUCCAUUACAGAAUCCAGAUGCGGUUGGAGGAAAAGGAACAGUUGAGGCUGAACGAAGCUGUUGA